AUGACCUCCCGCAAACCCAAGCGACAAAACAACCACAGCUCUAACAACCACUUUACCGACUAUGAAUCCGACGCCUACCUCUCCGACAUGCAGCAACCGCCCCCGCUCCGCUCCAACGAGGAGCUGAACCUCUCGGUUAUACAGCGCCACAACCCCACCGUGACCUCAGUUCUGUCACUAGCCCCCUACGCAGUGGUGUACCUCUUCAGUCCGACAACGCGGCAAUGGGAGAAGAACGGGGUGGAAGGGUCACUAUUCGUGUGCCAGCAGACGCAAGGCAGCCUCGGCGAAGAACGAUACAACGCCUUUGUCCUGAACCGACGCGGACUUGACAACUUCGACCUCCCUCUGACAGACGGCGAGAACGUGGAAUUAACAGAGGAAUACGUGAUCCUCAAGGCCGACGAAAGCGCCGAGGCUGAGAACGGGGAGAACGGCAUCGCCGACCCCUUGAACCCGCAGAAUGGUCGCCCCAACACCCAGAACGGCGCGCCCAACAACGUCCGCAUCUAUGGUCUCUGGAUCUACUCGGAGCCACCGCCUAAUUCCACCGCCGAAGCCCGCACCCUCAAUGCCCAGAUGAUUCGCGAGUGCGCCACCCACGCGGGACAGAGUUUGAAGCUCGCCCGCGAGCGCCUCGAGGCUAUGCGCCAGAAUGGCUUGCAUGUUGCUGCCGCUGCUGCCUCGACACAGGCGGCUCCACUUGAAGAGGUCCAGGCUAGCGUGCCCAUGGGUCGCCAGAUCUCGCUCAAGGACCUGUUCGGCCAGCAGCGCGCCCAAGACGAUGGCUGGAGUGUUCGAGCUCACCACCUGGGUCCCGCCGACCACCGACCGGCGUACCAGCCCAUGAUGGCCCAGCCACCUCCUGCACCCCAGGCCCAGCCCGACGUGCUGAGUGAUCUAUUCCGGAGAGCUGGAUUGGCGUCGCAGGGUGGCGCGCCACGGUACUAA